AAUGUGGCGGUAGCAGUUUCCCAGCGGUCAGGUGACGGGGACGUUGGACUGUAAACGCGUGGGAAACGGCAAGGUGCGGGGGGGAGAGAGUGUAAUGUCUCGCUACAGUGCUCCUUGUUGUUGAACUGCGGCUCGGCGCUGGAUGGAUGGCAGCCAUGGUGAUCGUCAACUCCGUGCUGAAGCUCGUGCAGAGGCAGACGUACACCUGUCUCUCUCACCGAUAUGGACUGUACCUGUGCUUCGGGGGGGUCGUGCUCAUGAUUGUCUCCGCGUUCCAGUUUGGGGAGGUUGUGGUUGAGUGGAGCCGGGAUCAGUACCAUGUGCUUUUUGACUCUUAUCGCGACAACGUGGCGGGGAAGUCCUUUCAGAAUCGGUUGUGCCUACCCAUGCCUAUUGAUGUGGUGUACACGUGGGUCAAUGGCACUGACACGGCCCUGCUGAAGGAGCUACGUGCUGUGAGAGAACAGAUGAAGGCAGAACAAAGAGCCCUGAGGGAACAACUGGGACGGAAUGCAAGCGAUACAACUGAAGUGCCAAAGACCAGUGAGAAGCCAGAGUGCCUGCUGUCCCACUGCAUUGUGGCACCCAUAUUGGUGCUGGACCCUGCUCUUCCAGCCAACUUGACCCUGAAGGAGCUGCCCACAUUCUCUGCAGCCUUUACCUCGGCCAAGCAUCUACAGCAGGUGGCCAAGCCUCGCAACCCCUCCACCAGUGUGUCUAUCGUCAUGUUCCACUCACAGACUGAAGCUGAUGAAGCCUACACAGGUGUGCGAAAUGAUGCCCUCAAGCAUUCCUUCUACCGAGGGUACCUAACUACAGAUAAGGAAGCCCCAGGAGUGGUGCGUUUGCACUCUCUGGCCUAUCUGAGUGGCUUCCCGGCAUCCAUCAAGGAAACUGAACAACUGAGGGUCAAGCUGCCAACAGUCAUCACUAGCAAGAUCAAACAGCUACAGCUCUACUCUGAGGCGAGUAUUGCGCUGCUCCAUCUGAAUGGCCCUCAGGACUUCUCUGACCUCGCUCAGCAGGCCCGGAAGAACCUGACACUGGAUAGCAAGGAACUGAUCGUUAGUCCUGCCUACCUGUUCUGGGACCUCAGUGCUAUUAGUCAGUCCAAGCAAGACGAGGAUAUUUCAGCAAGCCGCUUUGAGGAUAAUGAGGAGCUUCGGUAUUCUCUGCGGUCUGUGGAGAGACAUGCCCCUUGGGUGCGCCACAUUUUCAUUGUCACUAAUGGGCAGAUCCCAUCAUGGCUCAACCUGGACAACCCACGUGUCACAGUUGUUACACAUCAGGACAUCUUCCGGAAUAUCUCGCACCUGCCCACCUUUAGCUCACCCGCCAUUGAGACACACAUCCACCGCAUUCCUGGCCUUUCACGCAAGUUCAUCUACCUCAAUGAUGAUGUUAUGUUUGGGAAGGAUGUGUGGCCAGAUGACUUCUACAGCCACUCCAAAGGACAGAAGGUAUACCUGACGUGGCCUGUGCCAAACUGCGCCGAAGGUUGCCCUGGGUCCUGGAUAAAAGAUGGCUACUGUGACAAAGCAUGCAACAACAGUGCCUGCGAUUGGGACGGUGGGGACUGUCUUGGAGCGGCGGGGAACAAUCGCUUUGGUCCUGGUGCUGUGGGUGGAGUUGCAGGAGUAGGGAAUGGGCAGCCCUGGCAGUUUGCCGGGGGCCUGGGUGGUGUGGGUGGUAUAUCCUACUGUAACCAGGGAUGUGCCAACUCUUGGCUGGCAGACAAGUUCUGUGACCAAGCCUGCAACGUGCUGGCUUGUGGGUUUGAUGUAGGGGACUGUGGGCAAGAUAACUUUGGUCAACUGUAUAGGAUGACACUGAGGAAAAACCAAACUCGAUACUCUCUGCCCAUUGGAGAGACUAGGCCCUAUUUCAGCUUUGCUGCAGUGGGCCGAAGGGUCUCUGAGGCCCAGGUCAGCGACAACCCUGUGGUACGUCACACAUCUGUGGCGAACAAGUGGCGGACCAUCCACUUGCUACUGCACAGUAGCAUGAACGCCACCCAGAUCCAGUACAACCUUACCUUCCAGGGGUUUGAUGACCGCGAUUUCACUAUGAUCUUCACUGUGGAUGUGGAUACCCGUGAGGUGGUCCGAUCAAAUGCUUCUGAUGAUGGGCAGAGGAAUGGCAACAUGGAAGCUAAGCCCACUGAAACAACUCAAGAGGCUAUGGUUCUCUUUGAGGACAUUCCUUUGGAGAAACGUGGUCCUAGAAUUCAAAAAAGACCUCAAGGCAUUAUGGCAAAUGUAGCUGUGAAGGUGCCCGAUUUCAACGUGUCAUUGCUGCCAGCUGAUGUUCGCAGCCAGCUUCUAAAGCUGGAGGAAAAGCUCCUGAUAGGUGAUAUCACUCUCAAAGGUUUCAACCUCACCAAGGCAACACUGCUGCAAGUAUUCAAGGCAUCAGCUGAGCAGGAAAUGGCAAAACAGGUCCAGGUGCUGGGAAAGGUGGAUGCUCACAAGCCAUACAAACACCUAGGGAUGGAGGACACCGGAGAACAAAGGGUUGCAGUGCCAUUAGCAGCUGUCAGUCCAGAUAAGCCUAAACGGCUAGAGCAGAUCAAGGUCCACAUUGAUGAUGAGCUUCCUGGUAAUGUGCAUGAUCCGCUUCUUAUGCCUACUAGAGGCCCAUUGGCAGCCAAAUCCUUGAGUGCACUGGUGGGUAUUGGCUCCAGAGUCAGGGAUUCAGAGGAUGCAAGAAUGGGGAUGAAUGAACCCCAAGGUGUAGUCAGGGAGCAGAAGACAGAGGGCCAGGCCUUUCAAGGGCGGAAACUCCAUUACUUCACUUCAUCGAACAGAGGAUUUCUCCCUUGGGAGAGGAGGAAAUACUUCCAAGACUUGCUGGAGGAAAGUGAACGGCUGAAGAGAGAGCUGGCAUACCGCGCAAACAGUGCUGCCGCUAGCCGGAGGCUGCAGGACACCUUUGCUGACUCGCUGCGCUAUGUCAACAAACUGCUUAAUGGCCAGUUUGGCUUCACCUCUCGCAAAGUGCCUGCACACAUGCCCCACAUGAUAGACCGCCUCAUUAUGCAGGAGCUUCAGGACAUGUUUCCCAAUGAGUUUGACAAGACCUCCUGUCACAAAGUGCGCCACUCAGAGGACAUGCAGUUUGCCUUCUCCUACUUCUACUUCCUGAUGAGUGCCCGCCAGCAGCUCAACAUCUCUCAGGUGUUUGAUGAGAUAGACACUGACCAGUCUGGUGUCCUGUCUGACCGGGAGAUCCGCACACUGGCCACGCGGAUUCACGAGCUCCCACUCAGUUUACAGGAUCUGACAGGUCUAGAGCAAAUGCUAAUAAACUGCUCCAAGACCCUGCCCACCAACCUCACCCAGCUAAAUAUGGUCAACCCAACCCAGGAGGCGUACUAUGAUCCAAGUAUGCCUCCCGUCACUAAAGGUCUGGUUGUGAACUGUAAGCCCAUCACAGAGCGCAUACACAAGGCCUUCAGAGACCAGAACAAGUAUAAGUUUGAGAUCAUGGGUGAGGAAGAGAUUGCUUUCAAGAUGGUCCGGACCAAUGUGUCUCAUGUGGUGGGACAACUGGAUGACAUAAGGAAGAAUCCCAGGAAGUUCAUCUGUCUGAACGAUAACAUUGACCACAGCCAUAAAGAUGCCCCUACUGUGAAGGCUGUGCUCAGAGAUUUCUAUGAGUCUAUGUUCCCCAUCCCCUCCCAGUUUGAGUUGCCCAGGGAGUACCGAAACCGAUUUCUCCACAUGGGGGAGCUCCAGGAAUGGCGUGUGUACCGGGAUAAGCUGAAGUUCUGGACUCACUGCGUGCUGGUGACAUUGGUGGUCUUCACUGUAAUUUCAUUCUUCGCUGAACAGCUGAUCCUCCUGAAGCGGAGGUUAUUGCCAAGGCGAAGGAUCAACAAAGAUAGCAACCCGGAGCGAGUGUGAAGGAGUUGUUGUUUUUCUGCUGCAUUUCUGCUGCAUCUCCCCUGGCUCAUCCUGAGACAGCAUGAUGAGCAAAGUAGGCAGAGAAAGGAGAGAAGUGCACUUACGCCUUGCUGUGAAGAAUCUCCUAGCAAGAACAUUUGAAGGAAGGAGAAGCCUGUUGAGCUCUGCUGACUUCUCAUGUUUUAAGUGACAGCAACUGGCUUGCAUUUCCUCUUGUGAGAAACAUGCAUGGAGGGAUGCAGGAUGCAUAUUUUGGUGAUCUGGUGCCAUAUAUUUGGAUGAUGGGUGAGGAGGUGUAAGGGAUGGCUUCAGAAGGCCAGAAUCUGUGGACACUGGGUCAACCGUUCAUUAAAAUUCUGGUGAUGAUUGUCCAGGAACUUGGAACUGUGAAGACAGACUCGUGAAGGAACAGUCCUGUUCUGCCUUAAAGUUGUUGCAGGGACAUUUGUGAAGGGGCUUGGUUAUUCUUAAAUAACAGAGGAUUACAAAGGGAGGCCAUAUGCCAGUUGCCCCCUGACAAGUGCCUUUUCCGGAGUGACAGAACUGAACACAUUCCCCAUGGAGUCAACAGGCUUCAUGCCAUUGUUUCUGCUGUGUUCCACUUUACUGUUAAAACAACAGUUUUCAAAGGCCAUUUAAAAUGUUGCAGUGGACUAAUUUUGCACGUUAUAUGAUAAGAGGUUGAUGUCACUUUUUUUUUGUAACUGACCUUUUGGUGUUACUGCUUUUGAAAAGCCAUGCAUUUUACAUGUGUACCAGAGCUUUAGUGUCUGAAAUUCAGAUGUCCUCUGCAUGUAAAUAGCAGUUUGAUUGUAUGAAUUGGUAAUGGAAAAUUUCUUGAUUCGUGCAUAUGAAGUCUUGACAUAAGAUUGUUCGAUUAAUUUCCACCCCCUAUAAAUAUGUUAAAUGUUAAUCUUCUCUGCCCUGUCCACACAAACACACAAUACUACCAACAGAAAACUACUGAACACUCCAUCCCUCAUGUGCAUAUCACUGAUCUCUCGAUGAGCAUGCCUGCACCACGUAAGACUUGUCUUGGUAUGUUGCAGAGGUUACAUGUUAUGUUUAAUAAAAUCCACUUGAAGAAUUACAUGCCUUUUUAUGUAAGUGAUAUACCUGUGUGUGUACACUUGCCAGUCCAAAUGAGAAAGUGAUUGUGGUUUGUGUGUGUGUGGGGGGGAACCUAGUUAAUUGCGUUGCUAAUUUUCUAUUAAUCUACUACUAAAUUAAGUUUUGUGAUGGAUCUGGGGAAAGAAGUAAACGAGGUAUCUGCUCCAGAAUAACAUUUAGUUAAUGCCAGUUUACAGCAUGUUUGUGCCACACAGUGUUUUCAAAACAUAUGGUAUGUGAAGCUACCACUUUUUUCGUGCAAAUAAAAUCCCUGCAUCUUUCGUUCCCCCCCCUCCCUCAUUUGUGACCCUAAGUCAACAGACAAAAUGUAUUUGCUCUGCAGCUUUUUGGUAUAUA